UCUGCCAUGUAUAAAGAGUACUGCGUUUGUUACAGCGUCUAGUAUUUUACAGUAAGAGCUACAGAUGGAGAAGAUUGUGUUUUACGAGGACCGGGACUUCCAAGGAAAGUCCUACGACUGCAAAGGGGACUCAGUCGACCUGCAGAGCUUCAUCCGCCGGUGCAACUCGCUUAAGGUAGAGGGCGGCUGGUGGGUUCUGUAUGAGCGCAACAACUACAUGGGCUACCAGUAUGUCAUCGGUCCAGGCCAGUACAACGACUACCGCCGCUGGAUGGGCUUCAAUGACUGUGUCAGAUCCUGCAGGAUCAUCAAAAACGCCAAAGGGCCGUUCAAGUUGAAGCUCUUCGACCGACCAAACUUUGACGGCCAAUCUUUGGAGUUGACGGAAAACGCAAAGACAAUCCAGGAGAAGUGGGUCAGAUGUGAAAUCCAGUCCUGCAAGGUCCUGGAGGGCUCCUGGAUUUUCUUUGAACAUCCCAACUUCUGUGGUCGCCAGUACCUGCUGGAGAAAGGGGAUUACCGACACCAUUCAGAGUGGGGAGCUCUGAAGUCAACUGUGGGCUCCAUCAGAAUAAUCAUGGGGCUGUGAAAAGUGUCUUGUAAUGUAAUGUAAUGUAACGCAUUGCAAUAAAUGUAUUUGGAAAUACAGGUGCAGAAGA